AGAGACCGUCCAUACAGGGAGAGAAGAAGCACAUCAUGUCUCAAGAGCGAAAACGUUCAACAUCGCGUACGAGGGUCUCGCGCCCGACCACACCCCUCAGACCAUCCUCUCGGUCCUCCUUCAGGGAAUCUGCGAGAGCCAGCUCAGACGCCCCCUUUCCGCUCAACGCCUUCGAGCCCCAGUUCGGCGAGCUCUCUGAUGCCAUGGCCGACCUCGAGGCAAACCUUAUGCACUUCCAGCUGAUGCAUGAGAGCCUGGCCCGCUUCAGUGAGAGCUUUGCCAGCUUCCUCUACGGACUCAACAUGAACGCUUUCUGUGUUGACUUUCCAGAGGGCCCUAUACCCGAGUCGUUCCGGAGGGCGAGGCAGAAGGAGGAGCAGGAAUCCGUCCAGGUUCCUGAUAAUAAGUCCACAGGCGAGCUCGAGGGAGAAACAACCUUCAUGACCACCGAUACCUCCUUCGUCGAGAACCCUUCAUCCAUGAGACCAACCGCAUCCAGGUUCCAGACUCCAGCCCCUAGGUCAAGGACCUCUCGGGUGCCUGCGCCGUCCACUCGCGGUGGAACGCAGGCU